GUGUGUGUGUGUGUGUGGAGGCGUGGUGUUGACUCUACCUUCAGUUUCCCUCCAGGCCUCGUCUUCAUUCAGCCUCCUGUCAGAGCGUUGCAGCAGAUAUGAGCGGACGAGUCGGAGACUUGAGCCCAAAACAGGCUGAAAUAUUAACUGAGUUUCGGGGAAGGAUCCAGGACGUCCUCCCCAACCUGCCGGCACAACACGACCACUACCUCCUCCGCUGGCUCCGAGCUCGUAGCUUCAAUGUUCAGAAAGCUGAAGUGAUGAUCAGGAAGCACGUGGAGUUCAGGAGGAAGAUGAACGUAGACUCCAUCAUAUCUGACUGGAAACCUCCAGAGGUGAUCGAGGAGUACGUAUCCGGAGGGAUGUGUGGAUACGACAGAGAGGGGAGUCCCAUCUGGUACGAUGUCAUCGGUCCUCUGGAUCCUAAAGGUCUGUUGCUAUCGGCGACCAAACAGGACUACAUGAAGACCAAGAUCAGAGACACUGAGAUGCUGCACAGGGAGUGUAAGAGCCAGUCUGAGAAGUGGGGUCAGAACAUUGAAGCCAUCUCUCUGAUCUACGACUGUGAAGGACUCGGACUGAAACACAUCUGGAAACCUGCUAUAGAGACUUAUGGAGAGAUCCUCACCAUGUUCGAAGAGAACUAUCCGGAGGGGCUGAAGAGGGUGUUUCUGAUUAAAGCUCCCAAAAUGUUUCCGAUGGCCUACAACCUGAUCAAACACUUCCUGUGUGAGGAGACGCGGCGUAAGAUCGUCAUUUUAGGAAGUAACUGGCAGGAAGUGCUACGUAAACACAUCGACCCUAAUCAGCUUCCUGUGGUGUACGGAGGAACCCUGACGGACCCUGAUGGAGACCCUCGCUGUAGAACCAUGAUAAAGUACGGCGGGACGGUUCCCAGGUCGUACUACGUUCAGGACUCGGUGAAGGUUCAGUACGACAACAGUGUGACCGUCAGCCGUGGAUCCGUCGUCCAGCUGGAAUAUGAUGUUCCAGCAGCCAGCAGCGUGCUCAGGUGGCAGUUUGCCAGCGACGGAGCAGACAUCGGGUUCGGAGUGUACCAACGGACCAAAGACGGCGGCGGUCAGAAAGUGGCGGAGAUGCUGCAGGUUCUGCCCAGCGAACGCUACAACGCUCACCUGGUCCCUGAAGACAGUGGGCUCACCUGCACAGAGGCCGGAGUCUACGUGCUGUGUUUUGAUAACAGCUACAGCAUCCUGCAGUCCAAGAAGGUGAGCUACAACGUCGAGGUCCUUCCUCCUCCGGACGGACCGAUGCAGAGUCCACGAAGCCGAGGAGGCCGGAGGCUGCAGUGAUGGAGAUCCAGAGCACUGAUCUCACUCUGCUCUGGGUAUCACCGGUUAACAAGUCAUCACACACAUUUCUCUAGACUGAGUUCACAGAGUUCACAAACCCCAAAGCACUUCAUCCACAUCUCAGGAUCAAGUCCUGAAGCAUCUUUGAAGAAGCUCUUAUAGGGAAGCAUUUACAGCGUACCUUACAUUAUACAGUAUAUGUACAGCAAAGACUUCAGUCAUGUUUAUUUUCCUAAACUAAAGUAAUUCCAGUACAAACAUGAAUAUAUUACAGAUGUAGAUGUAACAGAAUGAAGCAACCUGCUGUCUAAUUUACAGUAAUUCUGUGUUUUAUACAGAAACAAAUAACAGUUUUUAUAAUAAUAUGUCAAAUGGCUGUAAAUACACAGAGAUUUGGUGCCGGUGCACAGUCGAAUGUGUGAAGAAGAGUUUUGAAAAAGGGAAUUUAGUUUUGAGAAAUAUGUAUAACUAAUUAUAAUAUAUAUCUAUAUAUAUAUAAAUGCCGGUAGAUUAUUGUAGUUAGAUGUGUUAAAGAUUUACUGACAAUUCCAGAUAACAAUGAAGCUCAUAAAUGUUACUUUUAGAAGAACUCGUCUUACCAGCAUUUCAAACUUUAACUGUACAAACUCAUCAUUUAAUAUAGAAGGAUAAUUGUUUAAAGAUUUAUAAUGUUUUUGUAAUUUAAGAAGAUAAUGUUUGAAUCAUUUGACUGAAGUUUUUGUGUUUGAAAGCAGCCGAACGAAGAAGAACGACGACACACUGAAGAGGAGCAAAGUUACGUUUCAUCAAAUAGCCCUUUGUCGUAAUUUAUGCUGCUCAUAUUGUUUGACUUUAUUAUUAGAGUUUAUAUAUAAUGUGUUAAAAUGAAUAAUCUUCUAAAUACAUGCUUGAAAACAACAUGAAGUCAUUACGAUGACAGAAUUCACAAAAUCAUGUAAACAGGAAAUAUAUUUUUUUAAUUUAUGAAGAAUCUUCAGUUACAUGUAGUUUGUAUAUUACUUGUAAUAAAAGCAGAAAUUGUGUAUUAAACAGAAA